UCCUCCAGGUGGGAGCUGCUGCGGGUCUACGGCUACGAAACUUCUCUUAAUCUCCCCUCUGUGGUCCACUGGAGCGUCUUCAGUCACAGCGGGAAGGUCAGCUGAGCUGGCAUCCGAGAAAACGGAUCUGCAACCGCGGGUACAAACAAACACUGACUCACGCAGCUUCCUCGAUUACUUUUUCGCGGAAAUGCUUCACCUGAAGUUUUCCUUCGGACGGUGAAAGUUUGGAGUUGGAGCAGGAAGGAAACAACGAGGAAACGCUUCAAAUGGAGAGAGGCUGAACUACCCAUCCGGAUCAGAAAUUUGUACAAGCCUGUAGCUCCAGCGUGAGUUGCUAUGUCAAACCGUGACUCCAUGGGGAUUGGGGAGCUGAUACCCCAGGAUGUGGUGGAUAUCUUUGCGCAGAAAAAACACACCAACAGGAGCCGGAAGAAGCGCAGUACUCACUCGGCCGAGCUCUGGGCUGGCUGAAGGGAAAGAAGAAAAAGGAUUUUGGCCUUAAGGGGCAGAGUCUGGGUCUGGGUCCUGCACUUGAUCUGGCCUUGGAUGGACGCCCUGCUGGACACAAGGGAGGACAGAAGUCAGGAAGCAUGUUCAUCCACAAGCUGUCCAGAAGCGAGACCAUGACAGCAGGACCCCUUCCACCCCGCUGUUCCAGGAGAACGUGUUUAUCGAGGCUAGCAGGCCCGAGUACCUGGAGAACCUCCACAGUGAGGCCCUGGAGGGGUUAAAAAUGAUGCAGGAGGAAGAAACCAAUAACGGAGUGGAGUAUCGGGACAAUGAAAGCACUAUUUCGCACACAGACGGGGAAGGUGGAGGGUUUAUGACUGACAGCACCAUCGGUGACACAACUUCUGUCGUCUCUGUAAAAUCAUCUGUGUCCACAAGAUCGUCCCGCUCUGGACUCACCAGGCAAGAAUCAACAUUCAGACCCCUGAACUCCGGAAAAAAGUCCAAGACGAGGAGAAGACACAGAAAGACUGUUGCGGGAAUCCCCCAGCAUGUUCAGAGAGAACUUGGCCUGGACAGAGUGGGUUGGACCAUGACUCAGAAAGCACAUGAGGAAAAUCUUUAUGACGGUGAAACAGACGAAAGCUCAACCACUGAUGGUCUGCAGCAGGCAACACAGUCGCAAACUGGGACCAGUGCUGCUAUCCAUCCCCUCAACAAAAAACAACUGGAGCAGCUCGCUGCCACCAAUGCUGGUCACAGGGACGACCUGGCCCUGCUGAACCGCUUGGACCCCGGCCUGUCAGCAGAGCAGAGGCAUCACUCCUUGGCCGUCCACUGGAUGACCACAGCCAACAACCUCCAGCAGGAGCCGCCCAGCCCCGUCAUGUCCAUGUCCCCUCAGGCCAUGUACAUGUCCAAAAUCAUCCCCAAUGCUGUCCUGCCCCCCUCCAUUGACGUGGUGGAAAUCAGCCGAGGGCGGAGUCGCAACAGCGUCCGCACCGUCAGCAAGAGCAGCCUGGUGAUGUCGAGCCCUGCCCCCUCACGGGCUUCCUCUAGAGCCUCCUCCACAAGAACCACUUCCUCCAAAGCCUCCACCAUCACCUCUGCCUCCCGCCAAAACCUUCCAAAUAUGUCCGACAGCUCUGGUUGGAGCAACUCUGAGUCCUCUGAGACCCUGGUAUCUGACUCCUCCACCAUCUCGAGCAGCAGCACCCCCCGACAGAAUAGGUCUCAGGACGGCAAUGUGUCCGCCAAAGAGGACAAUAUCAGUGUCCACUCAUCCAUCAGCAAAGCUUCAAAAAGCACCUCCAACGGCAAGCUCGUUAGUAAGCGAGUGGUGGAAAAUAAAGAGGGGCCAUUUGUGCGUAGCCUCUCUGUCAUGAAGCCAAAGAGGGCACCCCUGCCUCCAAACCGCUCGUAUUCCCUCCACAAUAAGAUGAAGAGACGUUCACGGGAUGUGGCAGAGGUGAGGGUCAUUCCAGGGGAGGAAAAUGAAAAGAACAAAUCAGGAUCUUCUCCUAUACCCUCCAAAAUCAUAGACAGUCCUGGAUACACUGCUGACACCAGUUCUCUGGAGGAUUCUACAGGUUCUGUGUCAUUCAGUCCCAUCAGAACCCAGCUGAACAUGCUAAAGGCAGGGGAAGCUGCAAAAGUUGGCCAAACAGAUUCCAAAGAUGCUUCACAAGAAAAGAAUAAACAAAGCACAGUAGUCUCCCCGUCUAGUGGCUACUCCAGCCAAGAGGGCACAUCAGCAGUGUCUUCAAAACAGUCCCACAGCUCAUCUCCGAGGCACAAAAGAGGUCUCUUAGCAAAGCUUCAAAGGUUUUUUCCUGGCCCCACCACUUCCCCUUCAACCCCACCCCCUACUGAAAACAUAAAACCAGGAGAAAAUCUUAAACCUGACACCUCAGUUGAUACUGCGAGUCCUUCUGUUAGAGCUCUUAGAGAGCUCUUCAAUAUCCCUCCACAUCCUAAAGUCCACGCACCCCCACCCCCGCCUCCAGAGGUGUGGGUUCACAGCAGGCGUUCCAUCGAGUUGCUGCUAGGACCCCCGCUGCCUGAUAACAUUUACGCCAUCAUAAAGAAGAAUCCAAAGGACAGGAGGCAACACAGGCAGUCUCCUUCUGCGUCCACAGAGAGCUCCGUGAAACUGGAAAGAAAACACAAGACAGCGACAGCGGAGGCCGUUAAUGGAUCCACACAUGUGAUGGAGGUAAAGAAGGUUCAAGAAAGUAGGAUUUUGAAUGCAGAGGUUCACAAAGAGAACAACGACAGACUGGUUGAGCAGAACGUAGAUUUGAAAGUGACAAAAAGAGAUGAGAAAGUAAGCGGAAGUGACAUUUUAAGCGGAAUGCUAGUGAAAGCGGUAGUGAAACGAGAAGAAAGACUUGCAGCAGCCAGAGAAGAAGCAGCUAAAAAGAGCUGUACCAAUGUGACAUCUCCUGAGUCGUCGUGGCCUCCGCCACCUCCACCAAUUGGACAAGUGGUCAUUACUGAUGAGAUGGAUUUCUCUCUUCCGCCUCCACCCAUGUUUGGUGGGGGGUUAAUCUUUCCUGUCCAGGUGCCACCAGAAAGCUCUAAUCCUGGUGUGGACUCAUAUUCUACCCCUACACCCCUAAAUAUCCCACCUCCCCCAUCAUAUACAGCACCCGCUCCACCAGUGGAAGCCGUGACCCCUGCUACGCUAAGGAGGCUCACUCCGCUGCCUCCAAUUGAAGAGGUUCCUUUUACGCCACCACCUGAAGAGGUUUCUCCACCCGAACUCCCGAUAGAGGCUUCUCCGCCUCUACCAACUCCACUUAAUGAGGUCCGUCCUCCUCCUGCACUCAUAGAUGUUUCUCCUCCUCAACCACCUAUAGCGUUUUCUCUUCUGCCACCACCAACUAAAGAAGUUAUCCCUUCUCCGCCACCACCUACAGAAUUUAUUCCACCCCCACCCCCUAAAGAUGUUUUUCCUCUGCCACCACCUAUAGAAGUGAUUCAACUUCAACCCCCCAAAGAGACUUCUCCAGUGCCCCCACCUAAAGAGUUUAUCCCACCCCCACCACCUAUAGAAGUAAUUCAAACCCCACCACCUGAAGAGGCUUCUCCUCCGGCCCCUCCUCAACCUCUUAAAGACAUCUCCACCACACUUGUUACAGUGGUUUCUCCUCCACCAGUGCAAGAGCCCCCACCUCCACCAGUUAUCGAGGUUGCCCCUCUUCCUCCUAAAGAGAUCUCCACUCUGUCUACUGAAGAGGUUUCUCUUCCCUCUUCAGAAGAAGCUACACCUGUUAGCACGCUCGCUCCGCCACAGAGUAUUCCACCUCCACCACCCCUCCCGUCACAACCCCAGCAGGAGACUGAUCCAUCCCGAGAAAACAUCCCGUCAGAACCUGACUCUACCACAGUUACAUCGAUCAGUAUUCUUGCUCCUCCUCAGAGUAUUCCACCUCCACCUCUCAUACAGCCUCAACCUGACAAAGUUCACCUGAACACUGAUCGCCCAGCACCACAGGAGACCCCCCCUCCACCUACACCUCAAGCCUCACCUCCGGCUCCUGAAAAGGCUCAAGAACCUGCUCCCCCUGCACCUGCAAACAUUCCUUUACCUCCACCUUUACCAAGUGCAGAGCCCCAAGUGAUUCCUGCUAGCAAAGAGAAGCAAACUCCAGAGCAAACCUCCACCCCUGUCAUGCCGGUGGAACCCACACCCAUUGUCACCCCAUCCCUCCUGCAGAUGGUGAAGCUGCGGUCUGUUAACAGCAGCCCUGAGCCUCCUAAAGCCCCUGAGCAACCGCAGGCCGAGGUCACAAUGAGGAAUCAGGUCCAAACCUCCUCUUCUAGCGGUGAAGCUCCUCAGAAGCCAAUCAGAAGGUCCCUGAUCAUCCUCUCACCCACAUCUCCCACAUCCACCUCUCCACCUGCCGUAGUGACUUCACAACCUGCUGUGCCAAUUCCACAGUCUCUGCUGGUUCCACCCACAUCUUCAUCCACAGUCACGUCCCCUACCAAAAAGUCUCCCCCUGCCAUGACUGCAUCUCCCUCCAUGAACCUGCAGGAGGCCAUUCGCCUCAGGACAGCAGCCAGGUCCAAGGAAAACGCCCCCUCUCGCCUCAGCCUGCAUUCACCUACAUCGCCCAGAGACCUCCAUAAGUCACCGUCCAGUACGGCCAGCUUUAUCUUCUCUAAGAGCAACAAGAGGGUGGUGAUUGAGACCAAACCAGUGGAGGAGAAGAAGAGCUUGGAUGUUCCCUCUGUAACAAAGGUGGAGACAGAUGCAGAGUCAGAGAAGAAGGGAGGCAAGGUGCCACCGCCUGUUGCAAAGAAACCCAAAACAAAAGGCAAAGAGACAGAGACAUGUGAAGGGGUGGAGCAAACUGCAGGACAGGAUGCACAUCAAGAGCUUAUCAAAGGUGCUGCAGAUGAAGCCAAUGAAACAGCAGGUACUGUUGAAGGAGGAACGAUGACUUCCACAUGAUUAAAAAAACCGAGGGAGGACUUGGAAGGACUCGAGCUUUACACUGAAUUUGCCGCUACUUGGUGUGUUUGGGAAUAGAAACCGGAUCUGAGUAUAUGAGACGAUUAUUUCUGAGAUUGUGUUUGACAAAGUUCUGGAUUGAAAAAAAAAAUCCUUUGAUUUUCAUGUUAAUGGUUUGGGUGAUAAUUUUGUCAAGUUCUCAUUCUGUACUUUAUGAAGAGUAAAUACAGUCUAUUUUCUUUGACCAGAGGGUCUGCAGAGCUUUGGAGUUGCAUGAGAUGUGAUUAUACUGCCCUCUAGUGUCAAACAAUGGUUACACUUCUGUCCUGCUGAAUCAGAGUGUUUAGUCGGUAAUCUUACAAUGGGACUUUUGGGUGCUCAUUUGUAAAUAUAGAUUUUGUACAUUUAACAUAUUCAGUAAUGGUGGAUCUCUGCUGCAGAGUCCUUUUCUCUAUUUUCCCGAAAAAUCUUCCACGUCAAUUAUGUAUGUUGAAAAAUAUUAAUUAUCUUAAGUUAUUUCCUCUUCAUGUUCAGAGGGUCUCUGCUGACAGAAAGUCUUAUUUACUAUGUUAUAUUAAACCCUGAUAUCAUUUAAAGAAAAUGGAAUUGUUAAGCUCUUAAUCAUAUCGUUAUAUAUACAUACAUUGUUUUGCUCAAAAAAAUCCCACUUAAUUUGUCAUGAUUCAAAUCAAGGUUUAUGACUAAAGGUCACAGAAAUAAUGGAGACAUGAAAGUAAUCCAAGAAUCAUAUUUUGGUGCACAUAUUUUUGCUGCUUUUAGUUACUGAUAAUGGAGGCAAUGCCUCCUUUAUCAUAGUUACAGCUAAAACAGUGGGAUAUUUCUGUUUUUGAAACUUGUUUCAGAGAAUCAUUAAAAGAAUAAAAACUUAUGAAUGGA